UGGGGCCGCUGGUCACAUGAUCAGCCCGGAUGGCUAAGCUGCUGGCGCUGAGCUCUCUGUACUUGCUGCUCUCUGUUUGCCCCUUCAUUCUCGGACCUGGGGCAAAUGGGGGGCCGGCGGGGAAGUGCGGAUACCAGGCCUGUCCUGCUAUCAAGCCUGGGAUGCUGAAUGUUCACCUGGUCCCUCACACUCAUGAUGAUGUGGGUUGGCUUAAGACAGUGGACCAGUAUUAUUAUGGAGGGCGGACUGACACGCAGCGUGCUGGUGUACAGUACAUCCUUGACUCUGUGAUCCCACAACUGCAGGCCGACCCGAGUAAGAGAUUUAUUUACGUGGAGGUUGCUUUUUUCUAUCGCUGGUGGAGGCAGCAGACCGACAGGAUGAAGAAGGUGGUAAAACAGUUGGUGGAUGAAGGUAGGCUGGAGUUUCUUAAUGGAGGCUGGUGUAUGAAUGAUGAGGCCACCACUCACUACAGCUCCAUCAUUGAUCAAAUGACCCUGGGCUUCCAGUUUCUGAACGACACGUUUGGAGAGUGUGGCCGACCCCGUGUGGCUUGGCACAUUGACCCAUUCGGGCACUCCCGAGAGCAGGCAUCCCUCUUCGCUCAGAUGGGCUUCGAUGGCUUUUUCUUUGGCCGCCUUGAUUAUCAGGACAAGCAAAACCGAGAAAGUGAGAGGGAAAUGGAGCAAGUGUGGAGAGCCAGUGUGAACCUGCCAGAACCCAGCGCCAAUCUGUUCACAGGUGUUCUUCCCAAUGGAUAUAACCCUCCCAAAAUGCUCUGCUGGGAUGUGCUUUGCUCCGAUGAGCCCAUCAAAGACGACACAAAUUUGGAUGAAUAUAACGUGGACCAAAUUGUUUAUUAUUUCAACCAGACUGCCCACAAGCAGGCAAUGCAUUACAGAGCCGAACACAUCAUCAUGACCAUGGGAUCGGACUUCCACUUUCAGGAUGCAAACAUGUGGUACAAGAAUCUAGACAAGCUCAUCAAAUAUGUGAAUGCUGCGGUAAUGUUUCCCAAACUCGUGUCUGCUCGCUUUGUAGCAGCUGUGAAUGAUAUUGCGGUUGUUACAGUCUGUCUGGAACACCCCUCCCAACAUGCACACUCACUCUCGGACACGGACACACACACACACACGCACCACCUGCGACAUGCUGGUUUCAACAGCCAACUGCACCAGAGACACUGUUUCUCCACAGAGCCACUCUGCAGCUUUGAAAUAUUGGUACCUUUUCUGUUUCAGGACAGCAAGAUACAGUUGACUGUGCUGACUGAUCGAUCACAAGGAGGAAGCAGCAGCAACGAUGGUUCUUUGGAGCUCAUGGUUCAUCGGAGACUGCUCCACGACGAUAACCGAGGGGUCGGGGAAGCUCUGUCUGAGCCGGGUUAUGACGGCACUGGGCUGAUCGUGCGAGGGAAGCACCUUGUCUUUCUUGACACAGUCAGGGGCUCUGCUGAACUCCAUAGGCUGCAGGCACAGGCAGAGUACAUGGCUCCGUGGACAAUUAUGGGCCAGGGCCCAGGGACAGCCUACAGCUCCCGUCCAAAACACGUCGCAGAGUUCUCAGCCCUGAAGGAGGAGCUGCCCCCUAACCUCCAUCUCCUAACCCUGGCUCAGUGGGAUUCCCAGUCCUUCCUCAUCCGACUGGAACACCAGUUUGAAAUGGGGGAGAGCAGUAUCUACUCAAAACCCGUCACUGUGGAUCUAGCUAAUUUAUUUUCAGCUUUUAAGAUCACUUCUGUCGAGGAAAUGUCUCUCGGUUUCAACCAGCGCAAACAGGAUGUGUCCAGACUCAGCUGGAAGACCAGACCAGGGCGGCGUGUCAAGUCAGUUUCCAGCCACAAGGCUAGCUCGGACUACGUAGUGGUCCUCAAUCCGAUGGAGAUCCGCACAUUCCGUGUUCACAUCAAGUACCUGUAACUAUCCUAUACUGGGAGGAGCGAGGACUGCUGGAAUACUGUGAAUGAGCCAGUCAAGCACAUGGAAAUUCCAAGCUUGUCCAUAGUGGUUUUAUCAGGGACAAAUGUCAUUGUCAGGUUUGAGUCUGCUGCUGGUGUUUUUACACUUCACUGGAUGAUGCCUUAACGUGACAAUGCUUUUCAUCUUUAUUCUGUCUUCACUUAAGUGCCUGGUCACAUGUAGAAGUUUAUCCACAUUUUAAUAUACUUAUGGAACAGUCUUCUAUCAGAUCCACUGUUCCAUGAAAAUGAAGGGCACUGCCUGGAUUGAGUAGAAACUUUCUCUCCUCCCCCUCCCCACUUGGCCGUGCCUCUGUGAUAAUGUGUCUGUACCCAGGUCCCAUGCAUACCAACAGCCAGAAAUCAAUCCUGUAACUGAGAACAUCCCCCUACUUAAAUUGGCAACUUUUAAAAGCAUCUGUUGAAAAGCCACAGGUGCCUCCCUCUUAAUUAAAAGCCCCGAUUCAGCAACAUAAGUGAAGGACUACAAUAAGUUUCUAUAUUAAUGCUUUUGUGAAAUGACAUGAAUGGAAGCUUUUUUUAAAAAAAACAACUUAUUGAAUUAUCAAUGCAGUAUUCAGUACCUAUGAAAUUUGGUCAAUGCUUUGAAGUAUUUUAAUCACAAAACUUUGAUUUUUUUUUUUCCAUUAAUGUACAUCAAAUGCCUGGAAAAGGUAGGUAUGGAGGGGUAGGAAAUAUUUUUAGUUUUUCUCCUAAGGGAGACUACAGCCUGAAGAAAACAGCAGCCUUCCACAUGGGAUAGGAUCUUCUGUGUAUAUGUCUGAUUUUCUAUUUAAAUCUUACAUAGUUGGAGCAUUCUACCAGGGUCCAAAUCUCCAUCCCUGCACUGGGCUGUUAGGUCAGCCUAGUUCUCUAACUGGGAGAAGUGACAGCCUUGUUAUAUUAUUGUUGGACUAUUAAAGCCAGUGACCCCACAUUCAAAUCCU